UCUUAUGCCUGUGCUUGGUGGUGCCAUGGCUGGUACGGGCUCAUUAAUGGCCAGCCAAAACAAAGAGCUUUGGGAAAAGGCAUUGAAGUCCUACGGCCAAGCUCUCCGACAGCUUGCAGAUAGAAAGCAGGAUCCAACGAAGCUGACAACGUUGGAUGAUUGGUUUUUCAAGACAGAACCGAAGAAGGACAAGGCAUAUUUGGUGAAGGUCAUGGAGUGGAAACUCACUCGUGGCACCUUCCGCCCUGGUUUGCUUCAAAAAGUGGAGCUCAACAACGACGAGGAGGUGAGACGAUGCUUUGCGACUGCAUACGAAUUGCUGCAUGCAGAGACGCCGAGCAGCACCAAAGCUCUCAAGGCACUCACUGCGCUGCAGGGCGUUGGCCCAGUGACUGCCUCUGCGUUGCUUUGCCGCACCUUUCCACAGCACGUGGCCUACAUGUCGGACGAGGCUGUCCUAGGCUCUGGCCUUGUCAAGAAGGCCUCGGACAUUAAGUACGACAUGGCGACGUAUACGCGUUUUAAUUCGAUGGUGAUUUCAAAAGCUGUCGAGUUGGGUGGCCAUUGGACCGCCGAGCAGGUGGCCAGAGCUUUGUGGGCCCAUCAAAAGUUGGCCGCGCCUUCCAGCACCAAACCUGAGAAGGAGAGGGGCAGAGUGGAUGUGGGAGUUGGGAAGCCAGCAGCAAAAGGUGUGAAGAAGAGCAUCAAGAAGACUUAGUUAGCGCUGAGGUUUUCAGUAGCCAGGAAAAAAGUCUCAGCCUCUCAGCCUUUGAAAUUGUUUCGAAGUUGUCC